UUUAUAUACCCAAAUCAUAGAGACGGAAAGAGAGAGAGUCUAACUAGAAAUUUUUUCUUUUCUUUGAAAACCUAGUGAGACUGUGUCAGACUUUGUGAAGUGAACCCCAUCAGAGUCCCAGAAUCAUGAAGAAAGGAAACUUGGGGCUUGGUCUCAAACUCUCUGUUCCUGUUUCUGAUCAAUCCAAUUUUGCCAAGUUCCUGACUGAAAGUGGGACUUUUAAGGAUGGGGAUCUGCUUGUCAACAGGGAUGGAGUUCGAAUUGUCUCUCAGAGUGAUGUCGAAGCUCCACCUCCAAUCAAGCCUACAGACGACCAGUUAACUUUGGCAGAUGUAGAUGUUAUCAAAGUUGUUGGAAAGGGAAAUGGAGGGGUAGUCCAAUUGGUACAACAUAAAUGGACUAGUCAGUUUUUUGCAUUGAAGGUAAUUCAAAUGAAUAUUGAGGAGUCUAUGAGAAAGCAGAUUGCACAAGAGUUGAAAAUUAAUCAACAGGCACAGUGUCCUUAUGUUGUUGUCUGCUAUCAAUCAUUUUAUGAAAACGGUGUCAUAUCAAUCAUCCUAGAGUACAUGGAUGGGGGUUCCUUAGCUGAUCUACUGAGGAAAGUUAAAACAAUUCCAGAGCCUUUUCUUGCUGCCAUCUGUAAGCAGGUGCUGAAGGGUUUAGUUUAUCUUCACCAUGAAAAGCAUAUUAUCCACAGAGACUUGAAACCUUCUAAUUUGUUAAUAAAUCAUAUAGGAGAAGUAAAGAUUACUGACUUUGGUGUGAGUGCAAUUAUGGAAAGUACAUCUGGUCAAGCAAAUACCUUCGUUGGAACUUACAACUAUAUGUCUCCGGAGAGAAUCAAUGGAAGCCAGCGAGGCUACAACUAUAAAAGUGAUAUAUGGAGUUUGGGACUAAUAUUGCUAGAGUGUGCUUUGGGGCGGUUUCCAUAUACACCAGAAGAUCAAAGUGAAAUUUGGGAAAGCAUUUUCGAGCUUAUUGAAACCAUUGUUGAUAAACCUCCUCCUAUUCCUCCGUCUGGACAAUUUUCUACCGAAUUCUGCUCAUUUAUCUCAGCAUGUCUACAGAAAGACCCAAAGAAUCGACUGUCAGCUCAGGAAUUAAUGGGACAUCCUUUUGUCAGCUUGUAUGAUGACUUGGAGGUGAAUCUUUCAUCUUACUUCUCCAAUGCAGGAUCUCCUCUUGCUACCUUAUAAAGAGCACUGCUUGCAAAUAUGAGGAGCGAUUGCAGAUGAGUUGAAGAACCAGCUCCUAGAGUUACGUCAAAGAUUAUUCUGUACUUAGUUAUUGAGUGAUUGAGUUCAAGAAUUUGUUGAGAAACUCAGAUGCAAGGGUCAAGAAGUUGCAGCAAAAUGUUUAAAAUUUUAUGAUUGCAACAGAAUGUAUCACUGGGAUUUGUCCGAGUUGCUGAUAAUAUGAUCUGAUGUACAAACUUGUAUGAGAUGAAAGCUUUGUCAGGCAGUCCCAAAUGAACCUCAAAUCUGAGUCACGCUAGCUGAACAGUUUCUCAAGCUAUAUUUGAGACUUUGUAUUUGGUUUAGUCUUGUCAAAUUGUCUGAUUGAUGUUCGAGUGUUUAUUGCGUGCAAAUUACUAACAAUGAAAUUUACGAGUUGCUCCAA